CCGGGAARCUGACGAGUGGCACCAGGGAAGUUUAUCUGUUGCACGAGAGUGCCUAAGUGAUCCCUUUGGGUGCACAGUCCAGCUGCUCCCAGCACAGAUCAAAAUGCUGCUUUUCCCAGUGUUCCUGAGAUAAGGCAGUGCCCUCCCCUAUAAAGGCACCAUGGGCAGAGCGAGGUGCACGAGCGGAUCUGCCUGGACCAACCAUGCCUGCAAGGGAGCUGCUGCUGCUGGUGGCAGCAAUGGUGACUCUCGUGGCUGCUGGGGGGGCAGAGGUGAAUGAAGGGAGUGGCCUGAGGACGCCAGUGUGUGAAGAUCUGGUGCACCUGCAGGCCUGCCCUCUCCUGUACUUGCCCAUCUGUGGGACCGAUGGCAAUACAUAUGCCAAUGAAUGCCAGCUCUGUGUGGAAAAAAUGAAAACCAGGCAAGACAUCCAGAUUUUGAAAGAUGGGGAGUGUCAAGAUGCCUGAGCUUUCUGACAGCUUUCCUGAGCCUAGAAGCAGAUUAAUUGAUUAAUUGAUUAAUUGAUUAAUUGAUUAAUUGAUUAAUUGAUCCUGUGUGCUCUGUCCUGAUCACACACUUAAGUUGGCUACGGUGAAUAAUAAAAUUACAUGCAUAAUCUUAUCUCAACAGCACUUUUUUC